AUGUCGAGCUCACGCCUAUUCUCGCCUCUCAAGCUAGGCAAUGUUACCUUGGAGCAUCGCAUUGCCAUGGCUCCUUUAACUCGCUUCAGAGCCGACGAGAAUCACGUUCCCCUUCCUUUCGUCAAGGAGUACUACGCGCAACGUGCUUCAGUCCCUGGCACGCUGAUUGUGUCAGAGGCUACCCUAGUGUCUAAAGAAGCCGGUACAUAUUCCAAUGUUCCUGGUAUCUACAGCAAGGAGCAGGUCUCUGCGUGGAAAGAGAUCACCGAUGCAGUUCAUGAGAAGAAGAGUUUCAUCUACAUGCAACUGUGGGCCCUUGGUCGUGUUGCGGACCCUGAGGCAUCCAGGGCCGAGGGCGUUACGAUCAAGUCAGCCAGUGCUAUUCCCGAGGAGGGCAAGCCCGCUCCCAAGGAGAUGACUCAAGAAGAUAUCAAGAACUUCGUUGCUUAUUACGCUCAAGCCGCUCGCAACGCCAUCGAAGCCGGCUUUGAUGGUGUCGAGAUUCACGGCGCUAACGGUUACUUAAUCGACCAGUUCACUCAGGAUAAUUCGAAUCAGCGAACCGACUCUUAUGGUGGCAGCAUUGAGAACCGUUCUCGUUUCGCUAUUGAGGUUUCCGCCGCUGUUGUUGAUGCCGUUGGCGCAGAUAAUGUUGGCAUCCGUCUCUCACCUUGGUCACCAUUCCAGGGUAUGCGCAUGACGGAUCCCGUACCUCAAUUCACCGAUGUUGUCAACAAGCUCAAGGCUUUAAAGCUUGCAUACCUCCACCUCGUCGAGUCUCGUAUCAGCGGUAAUGCCGAAUCCGAGGCCACGGAGAAGGUUGAUUUUGCCAUUGAGGCAUGGAACAACACAUCGCCCAUCCUGCUCGCUGGUGGAUUCACAGCAGAUAGCGCUAGGGAAGCUGCUGAGGAAUACAAGGAUAGAGAUGUUGUGAUCGUGUUUGGUAGAUACUUCAUCUCUACACCUGAUCUGCCCUUUAGAGUCCAGAAGGGUAUUGAGUUGACGCCGUACGAUCGCAACAAGUUCUACAAUGCCGGCGAGAAGGAUGGUUACACUACUUACCCUUUCAGCUCUGAGUUCGCACAAGCGGCCAAGAUUUAG